CCUCAACUCGGACGGUUCGCUCUCUAAUUUGAAGAACGACAUGAGAUACCAGAGCAUUAUUGGUAAGAGAAUCUGGAGACGACAAUGGACAAAGCCAACGUUAAGUUUGACCUCCGCCGCCUAUGGGCCCAUUACCGUUUCGCCCCUGGCCAGGCGCAUGUUUAUACUGUUCGCGCACUGCUCCCUAUAGUGCAGGAAUUUAACGGUUAUAUUGAGAGGGAGGCAAAGGUAUAUGAUUCCGUCUUCUCUACCUUUACACCGCUUAUUUCAAUCCAGAUUGAAGACUAUGUGGACUUCUUGGAAAUGAUCAACACGCAGUUGACGGCAGCACCCAGUUAUGGUGGGGGUGCGAGCGAUAUGGCGGCCGCUGUUCCCUAUUAUGCUAUCAUUUCGCGUUUCUGCAACACUCCCGGGGGCUCUAGCGCGUUCACCCAUCCUGGAGUCAAUGGGGGAUUCUGCACGGUGUUCACAGCAUGGAACAAGUACCUCGCGUCGGCGGACUCCACCAACAUCAUCCACAAUGGGGAGGGAGGCUGGCUCAGUACUGCAGCGCUCAAUUCCAUUGUACAGCACGCUGGUGGAAAUCCUGGGCAGGAUACGUCCGACAACUUCUAUAUUUGCGAUACAAGCGAUCCUCACUACGGUUUCAAUCAUGGGACUUCUUCGUCAAGGAGUACCGUGCUGUCGUUUUCCCUGACGACCCAAAGAUCUUCAACUCUCCAUGCACGUCCACCGUCUGCCAACCUUACGACAACCUCAAGAAGACAGACGGAUUCUGGCUUAAAAAUACCCCCCUACUCCCUCAACCACAUGCUCGCUGAGGAUGAGCUUGUUGGCAUAUUCGUCGGCGGGACUCUUUUCCAGCCUAUGCUUGCAUCUUUCGACUAUCACCGUUGGCGCAGUCCUGUCAAUGGUACUGUUACGAAGACACGCCUCAUUUCAGGCCUGAAGCAUUCUAACCACCACCAACCUUCUACGCUGGACUUCGUCACGGUCAUAUCUUCUCGUGCUUUGAUUUUCGUCCAAGCUGACGAGCCUGUUGGCUUGAUAUGCUUCGUGGGUAUUGGCAUAUGUGAGGUGUCAGCUUGCGGAAUUACCGUCAAUGAGGGUCAGGUGCUCAAGAAGGGAGAUGAGCUGGGCAUGUUCCACUUCGGAGGGUCUACCCAAUGUCUCGUCUUCCGCGGCGGCGUGGCUGUGUCCCCAAUCGAUCAAGAUGGCAAUGAUUUGGCAGGAUCGAAGGCGUGGGUUGGCAUAUCCGGUUUUACGACCGCUAUGCCAUCUUAAUUGGUUCGGCUUAGUGUGUGGUGUGGACACCCCCGCUGGAACAAUGUGCCAGGGGUUGAAAGGAACUGUGUUCGGUUAGUUUCACUUUGGAGGAUCUACUCCCUUAGCUGGUCGUCCGUCCUGCGUACCUUACGUCCCCAAUCUCGAAUACGGUUGGAAGAGCAAGAACGACAACUACUCGAAUGCCUUCGAAACGUCCGCACUGCUGUCUGGGUGUAGAGAACAGGAUCGACGAACUCCUCAGGCACGCCAUAAAACCCCCCAUUUUCCGUCUUCCUAUUUGUGACGUCGAUGCGAAGUUAAACACACAACGGAACUUCCUUUAAACCACGCUACACGUUAUUCACACUUUGCGGUCCGUACUGGUUGUAGGGAUACAGUGAUGGGAUUCCACGGACGAUUUUUCGAAGGUCUCUAAACGCCUUAGCCUUUUUAUCUCUUGCGGGUACCGCUGGUGUAGCUUCACUGUUUGGUAUAACAAUAAAUAAUCUUUAAAAG